CGCCCAAACCCCCAAAACCCAACCUUCCGCGCCCAAACCCCCCAAAAACCCAACCAUCAGCGCCCAAACCCCCAAAAACCCAACCUUCCGGGUGCCAAACCCCCAAAAAGCCCAAGCCAUCAGCGCCCAAACCCUAAACCCAACCUUCCCAAACCCCAAACCCAAUUCACUAGCGCCCAAACCCCAAAACUCAGCCGUCAGCGCCCAAACUCCCAAAACUCCAACCUUCAGCGCCCAAGAGCCCCAAAAACCCAACCUUCAGCGCCUAAACCCCAAAAACCCAACCUUCAGCGCCCAAACCCCCAAGAACCCAACCUUCAGCGCCCAAACCCCCAAAACCCAUCCUCUCACGCCCAAACCCCAGAAACCCAACCUGCUCAGCGUUUUCCAGUGUGGAGACCUGAGGUCAACCUACCCCCGCUCCCCUACCUUGGGCUUCCAGAGGGGAGACCUGAGGUCAACCUACCCCCGCCCCCCUACCUCGGGCUUCCAGAGGGGAGACCUGAGGUCAACCUACCCACGCCCCCCCUACCUCGGGCUUCCAGAGGGGAGACCUGAGGUCCAACCUACCCACGCCCCCUACCUCGGGUUUCCAGUAUGGAGACCCAAAGGUCAACCUACCCCCACCUCCCUACCUCGGGCUUCCAGUAUGGAGACCCAAGGUCAACCUACCCCCGCCCCCCUACCUCGGGCUUCCAGAGGGGAGACCAAGGUCAACCUACCCCCGCCCCCUACCUCGGGCUUCCAGUGGGGAGAUCUUCCCAGGCAGUAG